AUGAAGAUUAUUGUUUUCUUCGCUCUCGUACUAUGCGUCGCUAACUUAGAUGCCCAGCCGUAUGGCUUAUACGGAGGCUUAUACGGCAUUGGUAGUAGACUCGGAAUCGGCAGCGGGCUCGGUUUGGGGCUUGGCUAUAGAAGAUAUGGCUAUGGCAUACCACGUCUGGGCUACGGAUAUAACCAUAUGGGUUUAGGAUACAACAAUCUGGGCUUAGGAUACGGUGAUUAUUAUUACUGA